CCCCGCCUCAAAUUCCCCAGCUCAACUAGCAAUACUCUUCAUUUAGAGACCCCAUCUCUUCAUCAGACGCAGCCUGCUUCUCCAAGACCAUGAAGGCGUCGAAGAAGCCAAAGACAAAGUCUCGUAGUGGUUGCGAGCAGUGCAAACGUCGCAAGGUCAAAUGCGACGAGAGACGACCUAUUUGCACACGCUGUUUGCUACGUAAAGAGACAUGCACUGGAAACUUUAGCCACGAUAUCUGGCAGAUCGAGAGGCCGUGGGUGUUCAACGAGCGGGCACCCUCAGCUCCUAGUGCUCUAGAAAAUGCAACUCUUAGGCAUUGGUAUGAUAGCGCUUGCUUGUCCAUGGCCAUCUUUUACCCACCUACGAAUCCUCUCUCAUAUGCGCUUUCCGGCUGGCUGCGACAUUCGAAAGCCUUGAGGCACACACUAGAGAGUGUUUCAGAAGCACAUCAGCACUAUUUUCAACCGGAUAAGCUACCUUCAGCCCUUCAGACCAGGGGCCUAGCCAUCUCCUCAUUACAGAAAGAAAUCGACAGAUUACAGGCAUCACAAACAAAGCAGCAGACCCUCCUCCGUACUACCAUUCUGUCCUCUCUCAUUUUAUUUGUUUCUUCGGCUUGGCUAGAUCCACUAGGAAACGAUGUUGGCAUCAUGUUCAUAAGUGGCAUCAGCAAUAUCAUCGAGUCACUCGCAGACUCGGCACCCACGGAUCCGUUCGCCUUUUAUCUCUUUGGUCUAUAUCUUUAUUGCGAGGCUUUCACAUCCUUCUUAGUACCAACCGGAGAUUCUUAUGGGUCUACUGCUUCGGUCGUAAUUGCAAUACAAAGGCCGCCAUUCGACUCUCUCACCCAUCCUGUUACUGGUGUCUCGAGCACUUUAUGUCCCCUGAUCUCGGAGGCAGGCCGUUAUUUCAGAUCGGUCCUUGACUCCAAAUCGGUCUGCAUGUCGACUUUCAGUGAUAUAGAAGCACGGCUGUAUGGAUGGACACCUCCAGACACCAUUUGCCAUCAGGAACUUCUUUUACAGUUAGCUGAAGGGUAUCGCAGAAUUGGCCUUAUUAUGCUUUACCAAGCCAAUGCAACGCAAGUAGAAGGAACAACGACUGCAACCGAUUUGCCUUUGAUCGAUAUGGUACUCGAGGCGAUGAGAAUAUUGAGAUGUAUUCCUGAUGGUCACCCUCUACUGAACUGGGUAGGGCCUUUACUUACCAUCGCUGGUCCCGAGUUACCUUCAUCAUUCGUAGAGGAGCGAGCAUUAGUAGAAACCACAUUUCAGAGACUAACUCGGUGGACUCGAGUUCAGACAUAUAACCGUGGGCUUGAGCUUGUAAGGGAAAUCUGGAAGUUAAGAGACAUGGGAGUUAAAGCGUCAUGGCUACAAGUUAUGUUACAUCAAGGAAUAUCCUUAGCAGUUUUAUAAAUCGUGAAACUAUAUAAUUAGUAUAUCUUAUGUAAAGCUAGUUAUAUAAGAAUAGUCUUAAGCAUGGACCCAUGGAGCCUUCAACAUUGCUCUUGAUGUUUGGAUUGUGCUUUUGCUAGUGAGACAAGCAAGGC